AGACAAGACUUUCUCUGCUUUGUUGGUUCUUCAAGAGGAGAUAGGGAGAAAAGGUUAUUGAUCACUUUCAGAACAGAGAAAGAAAGAAAAAUGUUGAGGUUGAUUACAGGAAUUCCAGGGCCAAGCGGGUUUGGGUCAGCCUCCACUGCUGAGCAGGUCACUCAAGGCAUUGAUGCCUCCAACCUCACUGCAAUUAUUACAGGUGGUGCAAGUGGGAUUGGUUUAGAAGUGGCAAGAGUUUUAGCCCUUAGGAAAGCACAUGUCGUUAUCGCAGCAAGAAACAUGGAUGCUGCAAGAGAAGCAAAAGAGCUCAUUCAGAAGGCUAGUAGCACCGCGUCUGUUGAUAUUCUUAAGCUUGAUCUCAGUUCAUUGAAAUCUGUUAAGGCAUUUGCUGACGAUUUCAAAGCUCUUGGCCUUCCUCUCAACAUCCUGAUAAACAAUGCAGGUGUCAUGUUCUCUCCAUUUCAGCUCUCAGAAGAUGGAUAUGAGAUGCAAUUCGCUACAAACCAUCUUGGUCAUUUCUACUUGACAAACCUUCUUCUAGAAAAGAUGAAGGAAACUGCACAAGCUACAGGUGUGCAGGGUAGGAUUGUGAACUUGUCAUCUGUAGCUCACCUUUACACUUACAAAGAAGGCAUAUGGUUUGACAAGAUCAAUGAUGAAAGCUGCUACCAUGAAAAAAUGGCAUAUGGGCAAUCCAAGUUAGCAAGUAUAUUGCAUGCCAAUGAGCUCUCUCGUCGCUUACAAAAAGAGGGAGCUAAUAUUACUGUGAACUCCGUGCAUCCAGGGUUGAUAAUGACUAAUCUUAUGAGACAUUCUGUUCUUUUUACAAGAGUUAUGAAGCUGUUUACUUGGAUGCUCUGGAAGAAUGUCCACCAGGGGGCAGCUACGACGUGCUACGUUGCACUCCAUCCAGCCCUGAAAGAUGUUACUGGAAAGUACUUCCUGGACUGCAAUGAAUACGAGCCGAGCGAGUUUGCCAAAGAUGAAGCUCUUGGAAGGAAGCUUUGGGAUUUCAGUGACAAGCUGGUUAAGGCAGCUCAAAGCAAGUGAAAUACUAGCUUGAUCUUAUUUUCUUUUUGUUUAUUUUUUCAUUUUUUCUUUCAUAGGCUCUUUUAUCCAUAGUCAUUAAAAAUUUCCUGGAGAAUGUAAAGAUUUUGAUCAACUUUUAGUUUUCUUGAAACUAUUGAAUAAAUAAGUCUUCUAAGUUAAAAAACAACAUUUUCAAUACACCCACCGACCCACAGUUAUAUGAAUAAUUUGGCGUACUCUUUUGUUGAGAUUUAAAAGUGACAAUAUUAUAUGUAUCAUCUUCACCAG